AUGGCGGGACGAUCCCCAACCCGCCUUCUCUUCACACUAGCGACACCCUCCUUACUAGUGGGCUACGGCACGCAUGUCUGGCUAAACUCACUGGAAGCACGAUAUCCCCCUAUUGCUCCAGACAGAACCAGCACCGAGCUUCUCCGUACACCAGCCAACUCAACAACUCAACAUGUCCCCCACAUAGACAUCUACGCCGCCCGGAUCCGUCUCCGCGACCUUCAAGCACGGACCAACAACCCCACAGAAAAACCCACGAAACAAGACCUGAACAUCGCCUGGGCACAAUCGUUACUGAACUGCAGCAUACUUCGCCUAGAAGCCAAAGUGAUCGGACUCUUCAGCAAGGGCAAAUUCAACCCAGGCGAUCUGGGAACCACCCCAGCAGGAUUCAGCCCUGAUCCAGAAACGGGGGCUCCGCGUGAGCUUCUAAAUGGGGCCAUGACUGUUAUUCGACAGCCGGUGCGUGACGAGCCUUUGUUAGUGAAAUGGGAGAUCCCAGAUGGGCCAAGGCGGUUCUUUGAGAUGAUUGCUCGUUGGGGGUAUCCAUGGCGCUUAAUGACGGGUGGACGGCAUGAGAUGAGUGUCGAGGGGCCGUUUGACGGUGAAGGGGAUGAGGAGGGCCUAGGCCCGUUUGUGGAGGUGCGUUUCGCUUCGGCGCACACGUAUGAGAUCGUACCCGAGGAGGGAGGUCUUUUACAGCAGAAGACUAUCCCGAAGUGGGUUGGGAGGUUGCAUCGUGGGUAUGCCCGGUUUUUGUUGGAUACUGCUGUGAAGGAGUUGGUGGAGGGGACAAAGUGA